AUGUCUUCAUCUACAGCUAUAAAAUCCCUAGUAAAGACCGGUGCUCGCCUUCCACCUUUACCAACAAUCCGUGAUCUAGUUCGUCUCUACAAGCUCAGAGCUAUCAAGCAGCUUUCGCAGAACUUUCUGAUGGAUGAAAGACUGACAAAUAAAAUUGUUAGAGCAGCUGGUAACAUCAAAGAUAACUAUGUUUUGGAAGUCGGUCCAGGACCAGGAGGCAUAACAAGAUCUAUUAUCAGACAAUUUCCCCGCAAGUUAGUCGUAGUCGAGAAAGACAGACGUUUCUUACCAACAUUGGAGCUUUUAUCGGAAGCUUCCAAAGAUUUCCUUCAAAUGGACAUUGUUCGUGGCGAUAUUCUCGGGUAUCGAACUGAACAGGCCUUCCCAGAUUGCCCUAAAACAGAAUGGAAUGAUAAACGUGCACCGGUUCAUAUAAUUGGAAACUUGCCAUUUGCUAUCUCGACUAGGCUACUCAUUAAUUGGCUUCGUGAAAUGAGUCUCCAGACCGGCGCAUGGUCAUUUGGGCGUAGUAGUUUGACCCUAACUUUUCAAAAGGAAGUCGCUGAACGAAUAGUUGCUCCACUUCUCUCCGAGUAUCGUUGCCGGCUAUCGGUUAUGAACCAGGUUUGGAGUAAAGCGGAGCUGAAAUUCAUCAUCCCCGGAAAAGCAUUUGUCCCUAAACCAGAUGUGGACGUCGGUGUAGUCACUAUAAUCCCAAUGAAAACACCUCUUACAACGGUACAUUUCGAUGUGGUGGAAAAGGUAAUGCGUCACAUUUUUUCCAUGCGGCAGAAAUAUUGUCGCAGAGGUGUGGCUAAUCUGUAUCCUCCGGAGGUACGUGAAGAACUAACACAGUUGACAUUUAGAAUGGCCAACGUCGAUCCAUUAGCCAGAUCGUUUCAACUAUCGACGGAAGAAUGCUUGCGAAUUGCAGAAGCAUACGACCAACUAGUCAACUCAAACCCGGAAAUCAAAGACUACAACCAUCGAGCACCAAAACAGCAACUGGCGGAUGAAGAUUAUUGAUAAUAUUUUGUACAUGUUUGGUUCUAGUAAAAAAGUUAG